AUGGUCAACAAGGCACUCAUCUUCAGCAAGGUCCCUGCGCCUGCGCAAUACCCCAAGGUUGGCGAGGAUCUCACCAUUGGUGAGGUUGGCUAUGGUCCCGAUGCCGCUGCCCCCGAGAACGGUGUCGUCCUCCAGUCCCUCUACAGCAGCUUUGAUCCUUACAUGCGGGGCCGUAUGCGCGCUCCCGAAACAAAGUCCUACUCUCCCCCCUUCGAGCUUGGAAAGCCUAUCGACAACAACACCAUUGGCAAGAUCCUGCGCUCCAACAAUGCCGACUUCAAGGAGGGCGACCUGGUGAUCGGCUUCUUGCCCAUCCAGGAGUACACCGUUCUGGACAGCCCCAAUAUGGUGCGCAUUAAGAAGAUCGACAACCCUCUUGGUCUGGAGGAUAUCCGUGUCUUCCUUGGCCCCCUGGGUAUGCCUGGAUUGACCGCGUACUCCUCCCUGUACGACAUCGGCAAGCCCAAGAAGGGCGAGACCAUCUUUGUGUCUGCUGCCAGUGGUGCCGUCGGCCAGCUGGUCGGUCAGCUCGCCAAGCACGAGGGUCUCCGUGUGAUCGGAUCCGUUGGCUCCGACGACAAGCUCGACUACAUCCUGAAGGAUCUUGGAUUUGAUGGCGGUUUCAACUACAAGAAGGAGAAGCCCGCUGAUGCGCUUAAGCGUCUUGCUCCCGAGGGUAUUGAUAUCUACUACGAGAACGUCGGUGGAGAGCACUUUGAGGCUGCCCUGGAUGCCAUGAACAACUUUGGCCGUUGUGUGAUGUGCGGUAUGAUCUCGCAGUACAACGCUAAGCCUUACCCCAUUACCAACCUCAUGCACCUUGUUGCCAAGCGCAUUACCUGCCGUGGCUUCAUUGUUGGUGAUGAGAACAUGGGCCCUGUCUACACCAAGGAGCACCAGGAGAACGUACAGAAGUGGAUCAAGGACGGUUCCUUCAAGGUUCUGAUUCACCAGACUGAUGGUAUUGACAACGCUGCUCAGGGUCUGCUUGAUAUCUACCACGGCAAGAACAUGGGCAAGGCUGUGCUGAAGUUCUAA